GUUUUAAUAUUUUAUUAUUUAAUAGAAAAAAAAAAUUGAAAAUGAAGAUACUAUUGAAAAAUGUACUAUAUGUUUAUUGAAUUUGAAGACUGUGAAAGUGUCAGGAGACUUCCAUGCAUGCAUUUAUUUCAUAUAGACUGUGUCGAUCAAUGCUUAUAUACUAAUAAAUGCUGUCCUAUAUGUCGAGUGGAUAUCGAAAUUUUUCUACACAAGAAGCUUGAAAACACUGCGUAGUUUAAGGUCGAUUUUAAUCAUUUGUUUUUGUUUUUAAGCAUAAUUAGAUAAUAUGCUCAUCUAAAUAUUUUAAAAAAUCCUAUUCAUGAGUAAAUCUUUUUCUGACACUACUAUGAAUGUUGAUGUAAAAAAUUUUAUUGUGAAUAAUCAAAAUAUUGGUAAUGGAGCUAAUUCUUGAAGUUGUAAGAGAGGUUUGUUUUGAUUAUCGUUGCAUUCAUGGAUCAUGGAUAUUAAUAAUAGUGUA